AAGAUUCGUUAACGGUUGACAGUCGAGCAAACAUGUCACGUCUUUCAGAUAUAUUAGGUAUAAUCGUUAUCAUACAAAUUGCUUUAUGUGGUUCAGAAAAUUUUAGGAAUAAUAAACCUCUAUCUAGGGCAGCAACUUUUCAUUUUCCUGAGUACGCGUACAAAGAAACGAGCAAAAAUGAAAUCACCUAUCACGAUUACGAGCUAGCCUGUGGACAAAACUCACUAUGUGUCAAUGCCAAUUUAGCUAUGGUUUCCAAAUUAAACUGCCUAAGACAAUGUAUAUCACAAUCUUGCUAUCAAGAUAUAUAUGCUUUUGAUGAGCUCGAAGAAGGUGAAAUCGACGUCAGAACGAAUUCAUUUAAGGGUUGCGUUAUACAACGUAUGUAGCACAAGGCCCCAAUCCUAUAUCGAUUGUACUUCACUAACUACCUGCAGGAACUACAAUGGAAGAUUUCCGAGUAUAUUUAUAAAUGGAUAUAAAUUCUCUAUUUUCAAAUGCCUAUAUAUACAAUUUCAAAUUUCUAAUGGUUUUCGAAAACGAAAUCCCUCUUACUAAAAAUUAGUGACUAUAAAAAAUAGUCAAAUUCAGUUUUUUAUUUUUAUUCCAAAGACUUGAGUCAGAUAUAUCCACUGAAACAGUAAACGGAUCGUCUAUCAGCAAUAUUUUAGACUAUUAAGUGAUAAAAUGGAAACAUGUUUAAGUAGGAAAGAUUGGCGCCGUCGGCGAACGUCGUCUAAUGUCAAAAUAAUUAAUCAAUAAAUAAAAUAAAUAAAUAAAAAAGCUUAGAGCUUUUAUACGUACUUUAUACGCCAAUAAAAAGUGUUGCAUGCACAAGUUAGUACAAUUACGAUUAAAUGGUUAUGCUAAAAUGCA